AUGCGAAAUCAGGCGAAAAUCGCUCGUCGCCGCGCCAUCAUCGAGGAGCGGCUGCGCUACUCGGAUGACAGUUAUGUCAUCUGGGCCAACGCCCAGAAUUUGGAGGUUAAGUUAUGGUCAUUGCGCGACUUGGAGAUGUGUUGGAAAAAGUGUAAAUUAAGGCCUCGAGGCAACAACACAACCCUUCGAAGAUCUUUGCGAAUCUGGAAGCCUAGAUUCCAAGUUCUCGUCGACUGGCUGGCCGCCAAUAUGAAAGACGAGGCCUUCUGGAGCCCCAGGCCGCGGCGUAGUCAGAAGAACCGGAAAGGCAAGUGCGGGAAGAGCAUGAACAUCUCUGCUCAAUGCACCGCAAAGCCUACCGUACCCCGGGAUACGUCAAUAUAUAAAGAAAAUAAGCCACCAUCACCCUCAAAUAAUAACCUUCAAUUUGUUGUGCAGCAAUUUUCCCUCCUUGAUUUA